AUGCCGUUAACUGAUCAACAAUUACGCCAAGAAUUACUUAGUUAUGGCGAAACUGUUCCACCAAUAACACAACGUAAUCGUGAACAACUUCGUGCUCGACUUGAAGAACUUCGAUCACAACGACGUUCACCAGCUAAAAGUUCACCAUCACGUGCACGUACAAAUACAUCUAAUGUACGUUCACGUCCUGUACGUGGUUUAAUUGAAUUAAGUGAUUCAGAAACAGAUACAUCAUCCAAUGAAUAUUCUACAUCACGUCGUACAGGACGAGAAACAAAUAUUCAAACACGUUCGAUUGCAGUAGGAAGAGAUGCAGAUCGACCAAAUGUAUUACCAAUAUCAAAUGUAUCUGUUGAUGUUGAACAAUCAAUUGCUCGUCAUCGUCGUGAAAUUCAACAAUUAAUUGAUUCAGCACGUGAAAGAGCUCGUGCUGCAAAUUCUAAUUUACCAUCUAGACAAUAUGAACCAUCGACAACAACAUCAACUCGUCCAAAUUCAAUAACAUCAUCUCGUCAUGCAUCAUCAAUUAAAAGUGAUUUGAGAAAAAUUAUUAAACAACCUUCAUGGUUGAAUCGUUCACGACAAACAAUUGAAUUAUUUUGGAAAACAAAUAAAGAUGUUAUUAUAAAUGUAUUGAAAGCUUUAUUUGUUGGUUUAAUAGUUGCUUGCGGACUUAUUAUUCUUAAAAAUAAAUUACCCGAUUUUAUUCCGCAACAAAGAGGAAUUACUUGUUCUCCUGAAAAUUCGAUCGAAUGUGAGGAUAUGAAACCAAUAAUUAAGUCACUACAAAAAUAUCUUCAAACUCGAACUGGUAAUCUUGAAAAUGAAUAA